GUUCAUUCAAGUUGUUCUUCACCUGCAAAUUCAAGAUGAGGAUCGCGUUUGCCGUCUUGCUGGGUCUCUUUCUCAUGCUCGCCGAGAAAGGAAUGGGAGUGGAACUUCCUGAUCCGCCCGCCGUGGACUGCGUGUGGAGUCGCUGGUCCGAGUGGGGCGUUUGCGAUCCGUGCACGUUAACCAGAAGGCGUUCCCGGAGCGCCACGGUGUUCGGACAAUUCGGCGGCGAGUCCUGCCAGGGUUCCAUUGGCGAGCGAGAGUCCUGCGUGAGCGACGCUACAUGUCAACAACCUCCACGUCCGCUAUGCACCGACGAGGAGUUCCAAUGCGAGUCAGGUUCUUGCAUCCAUAAGAGACUCAUGUGCAACGGCGACUACGACUGCGAAGACGGAUCUGAUGAAGACUGCGACGACCCCACGAGGCGCCCGUGUCACCCCGCCGUGCUAGAAAACAACGAGCAAGGCAGGACGGCAGGAUACGGAAUCAACAUUUUGGGCUCGGACCCUCGUAUGAACCCCUUCAACAAUGAUUACUUCAACGGCCGAUGCGAACGGGUCAAGAAUCCGUACACGGGGAAGUUCGACCGACUCCCGUGGAAUGUCGGGGUGCUCAAUUAUCAGACGCUAGCCGAGGAAACGGUCUCCAGGGAAAUCUACGAGGACACGCACAGCCUGCUCAAGGAUAUCCUCAGGGAGACGAGCAGAAAGGUGGACGCCGGACUUUCCUUCAAGUUCAACCCGAGCGAGGAAUCCAUGUCGAGUUCGCCUGGCAGUGCUAGUGUCGAUUAUCAGUAUGAGAAGAAAACUAUGAUCAAGGAGAUGUCCGAGUACACCAACAUCCGGAACAAGAGCUUCAUGAGAGUCAAGGGAAGAGUCCAGAUGAGCACCUACAGGCUUCGUUCCCGCGCUCUCCAGAUGGCCGACGAGUUCCUGGCGCACGUCCGGUCUUUGCCUUUGCAGUACGACAAGGGCAUCUACUUCGCCUUCCUGGAGGACUACGGAACGCACUACACCCAAAACGGGAAGUCUGGCGGAGAAUAUGAACUCAUCUAUGUUCUCAACCAGGACGCCAUCAAGGCCAAAAAUCUGACGGAGAGAAAAGUUCAAGAAUGCGUCAAAUUGGGUAUCUCGUUGGACUUUACCGGAGAGUCGGUUAGCGAAGGAAAAGCUCACUACAAAGACGACAAGUGUGAUGACGUAUCCACAAAAGCCCAAGGAGAGAUUGCUGGCAAAGCGGUCGUGGAUAAGGUGAUGACAUCGGUGAAAGGAGGCACCUUGGAAAGUGCCGUGGCCAUGAGGGCCAAACUAAACAAGGACGGGCUGAUGGACAUCGCUACGUACCAGGCGUGGGCUCGCACCAUCGCCGACGCCCCUGCGCUUCUCAACAGCGAGCCGCAGCCCAUUUAUACGCUGGUUCCUUUGGACAUGGCCGACGCCAACGUAAGGAUCGGCAACUUGAAGCGGGCCACGGCCGACUACGUGGCCGAGUACAGCGUGUGCAAGUGUAAGCCGUGCCACAAUGGCGGCACUGUCGCGCUGCUGGAUGGCAAGUGCAUGUGUUUGUGCCCGCACCUCUUUGAGGGAAUGGCUUGCCAGAAUUUCAAAGGCGACAAAGCCAAGCACACAGGUGGACGUCCCGAGGUCUCUCAAGAAGGCAACUGGUCCUGUUGGUCCGAGUGGUCCGACUGCAGGGGGGGUAAACGAACCAGGACGCGAAGCUGCAACACAAUCGGGCUGCUCGGCGCUCGCUGCAGAGGAGACAGCAGCAGUGAAGAGUACUGCUGAAGAAUACAGUGCCACCUAGUGGUCGUCAAUGGCUUCCCGUUUACGUUUGCAUCAAAUUGCUGCAUUUUUU